CUCAUUUUCACAAACAAAACCAGUUUUUGCUUUUGCAUCUGCUGUCUUCAGAUGGAGAGCUUGCUCUGUGAUGAGAAAUCCUGGGCCCUUACAAGUCCCUUUCACGAAGCCUCCACCGAACACGGCAUCGUUGUGAAUCCAGGCAAUAUUGCGGGCGGCGGCGGUUCCCCAGCUUCCUUCUACACGACCAAGGAAGACGUUGAAAACGCCCUCAGGAUCUGCCUAGACAAGGAGACUUCUUACAUGCCCAAAGCACCCGGCUUUGCUGCUGUGGUCGAAUCAAAUGAUUUGACUGUCCUUAGGUUUAGGGUCACCCAGUGGCUCAUGAAGUCUAAGAGUAGGUUGAGGCUAUCUUAUGGAACGUUGUUCCUCGCUGUCAAUUAUUUUGAUCGGUUCAUCUCGGCUUGUAAGUGUCAGGAAUGGAAAGAUUGGAUGGUGAAAUUACUAUCAGUCGCAUGCCUCUCUGUUGCUUCCAAGUCUUUUGAGACCUUCACCUCCUUUCCCCUGCAUGAGAUUCAGAUGGAGGGCCUUGAUCAUGCAUUCCAGCCGAGCACGAUCCAAAGGAUGGAGUUGAUACUUUUACGGGCGCUAGAAUGGCGAAUCAGCUCCAUCACGCCAUAUACUUAUGUGGAACUUCUGAUGUGGAACCUCAGCAACAGCUUCUUACUGCCAAAUCAUCUCCAUGAGGAGCUCCGAGGCCGAGUCCAUGAGCUCCUGCUCCUUGCAGUUUCUGAUAUCCAGUUGACGGAGUUCAGGCCGAGUGUUCUUGCCGUAUCUGCAAUGAGAUACGGACUGCAAGAAGUGUUGGCCUCAUUAUCUGACAUUCAUCCUACCCACUUUACCAAAUUCAUUGAUCAAGAUCAAAAGGAAAACCUGAAAAGAUGCAAUAGGCUCAUGGAAGAACGACUAAAGAAUCAUAGCUUCGACCCAGUUAUCCUAACUUCAUCACACAGUACAUUCAAUUGCAGCCCUUUGAGCCCUGUGACCGUCUUAUCAACUGAAGGGAUAAGCAUUGGUUACGAUGAGCUCGAGCUCUCCCAGUUUGAGAUGGAAGUUUCACGUGCGAAUCAGAGAUCGAACAGAAAGAACAGGAAGGAACAAGAGUACCUGAGAGGUUCCUCCUAG